GUCAGAAUUCGAGGGGGUGGGGCUUUGCCCGGACAGAGGAUCUCCUCGCUGGCCUACUCUCUCCUCCCGUACGGCGCCGGAAUCCCAGCUCCACUUACCAGGCCGCGGCUACCCUGCCGUCCCCCCCGACUCCCGCCACCCCGCUCUCCCAGGCUCUUCAGGAUCCAAGUCUGUAGGCCCUUUAAGGGGUCUAAUUGCCGUUUGCGGGGCCCUGGGACUUUGAUCCCAGACAGCGAGGAUCCGGAUGGCUUCCGUGCGGAUCCGAGAGGCCAAGGAGGGAGACUGUGGAGAUAUCCUGAGGCUGAUUCGGGAGCUAGCCGAAUUCGAAAAACUCUCGGAUCAGGUGAAGAUCAGUGAAGAAGCCCUGAGAGCAGAUGGCUUUGGAGACAAUCCUUUCUAUCACUGUUUGGUAGCAGAGAUUCUUCCAGCGCCCGGGAAGCUACUGGGGCCCUGCGUGGUGGGCUAUGGGAUAUACUAUUUCAUCUACAGUACAUGGAAGGGACGCACCAUUUAUCUGGAGGAUGUCUAUGUGAUGCCGGAAUAUCGGGGUCAAGGGAUUGGUUCCAAAAUAAUCAAAAAGGUGGCUGAGGUGGCCUUGGAUAAGGGCUGCUCCCAAUUCCGCCUGGCCGUCCUGGACUGGAACCAGAGGGCCAUGGACUUGUACAAGGCCCUAGGAGCCCAAGAUCUGACGGAAGCUGAGGGCUGGCACUUCUUCUGCUUUCAAGGAGAGGCAACGAGAAAGUUGGCAGGAAAGUGACGCCAUCCCUAGGAGGAUCUCUCUCUUGAGUUUCUCCUUCCCCAUCAGCUGAAGCACUCUUCAGAGACUACGUCCACAGACACUGAUGCUGAGGCCUCCCUGGAGGAAGGAGGGUUGGGGGUGCCUAUCCUCAAGUAUUGGAAGAGCAGAAUUGAGGGAGAGACCUUUCUUCCUUGUUGAGGGUGAAAAAUAAAUAAGAAUUACAUGUCCUGA